AUAAACGUAUAUAAACAGUUUUUAUACAGUUAAGUAGUUUUCAAUAAUGUAUUCACGACAUUUGACCAAAUUCAGUACGAGUCCCAGACAAAACUAAAAUUAUCUCUCCGUGUCGCUUUAGCUUUUGUCACUCAGCCGCGCGCGAGUCUGUGAGGAAGGAGUUGGCGGUUUGCGCAUGCGCGGUCGUGCCGCUCCCUCCCGGUUUCUACUGCGCUGAACUACUUAGUCCCCCUUUUCAUAAAGACACAAAAAUAAGCAUCCAAAACUCAACAUCUCGUUGACACAUGCAGCAUGGCGGCUAUAUUUGGGAAGAUCCUCAUCGGCAUCUACGUGGAAAUCAAAAGAAGCGACGGACGAAUACACCAGGCCAUGGUCACGUCGCUUAAUGAAGACAAUGAUAGCGUCACUGUGGAAUGGAUUGAAAAUGGCGACACAAAAGGGAAAGAGAUUGACCUGGAGAGCAUUUUUGCACUAAAUCCCGACCUUGCGCCCGAUGAAGAGAUCGCACAAAGUCCAGAGACCCCGCCUCCUCCUGUGUCAAGUUCUGUUAAAGUGAACAAGAUCCCCACAAAUAAGAAUCGCCGCACGGUAGCACCACCUAAGAAUGAAGCACCUGCGAGGGAUAACCGAGUCAUAGGUACGACGAGAGCGCGGCCCAGCCAGCAGAUGGAACAAGCUCCUAGUGCUCCAGCUCCUCCUCCCAUCCAGCACCAGACACUGCAGCAGCAGCAGAAUGCUCGCAGGAAGUCAAACUGUGUGAAGGAGGUGGAGAAACUGCAGGAGAAGAGGGAGAGGAGGCGCCUGCAGCAGCAGGAGCUCAGGGAGAAGAGAGCACAGGAAAUAGAUACAACAACACCUAAUUAUGAAAUUAUGUGCAUGAUCCGGGACUUCAGAGCCAGUCUGGACUACAGGCCACUGACUACUGCUGAUCUGAUUGAGGAGCACAGGAUAUGUGUGUGUGUCAGAGCACGGCCACUGAACAAAAAAGAGAUGAGCUUGAAGGACUUGGACGUCAUCACCAUCCCCAGUAAGGACGUGGUCAUGGUCCACGAACCCAAACAGAAAGUGGACUUAACGAGAUACCUGGAGAACCAGACCUUUCGCUUUGAUUAUGCCUUCGAUGAUACUGCCACGAACGAAAUGGUUUACAGGUUUACCGCCCGGCCGCUUGUGGAGACCAUAUUUGAGAGGGGGAUGGCUACGUGCUUUGCAUACGGACAAACGGGAAGCGGUAAAACUCAUACCAUGGGUGGGGAUUUUUCUGGGAAAAAUCAGGAUUGCUCUAAAGGGAUCUACGCACUGGCAGCACGGGACGUUUUUCUAAUGCUAAAGAAGCCAAACUACAAGAAGUUAGAUCUCCAAAUUUACUCCACCUUCUUUGAAAUUUACAGUGGAAAGGUGUUUGACCUGCUGAACAGGAAGGCGAAGCUGCGAGUUCUGGAGGACGGCAAGCAGCAGGUGCAGGUUGUAGGACUGCAGGAACGAGAGGUUCAUUGCACUGAGGACGUCCUGAAACUCAUAGAAAUGGGCAACAGCUGCAGGACGUCCGGACAGACCUCAGCCAACGCACACUCCUCUCGCAGCCAUGCCGUUUUCCAGAUCAUUCUGCGGAGGAGAGGCAAAAUGCACGGCAAAUUCUCCCUCAUAGACUUGGCGGGCAACGAGCGAGGGGCGGACACGUCCAGCGCCGACCGCCAGACUCGCCUCGAAGGGGCCGAGAUCAAUAAAAGUUUACUGGCUCUAAAGGAGUGCAUCAGAGCCUUGGGUCGCAACAAGCCUCACACUCCGUUCCGAGCCAGUAAGCUCACGCAGGUUCUGCGAGACUCCUUUAUUGGCGAGAACUCCCGAACGUGCAUGAUUGCCACCAUCUCUCCUGGCAUGGCUUCUUGUGAAAACACCUUAAAUACGCUGAGAUACGCCAACAGAGUGAAGGAGUUUGGGAUAAGCCCCUCAGACAUCCCCUUCUCUCAGGGGGGAAGCGGCCGCUCCGAACUCUCUCCUACCUACGAGUACGAUGACUUUGCUCCCUCACCCAGCAGAGUAAAGGAGCUGACUGUCGACCCGGGUGCAGUGAUGGAAAGCAGAACAGGAGGCCAUCCGAUCAGCCAGCUGGACGUGUUGGAGCCGCAGUGGGGAGUGGGCAGCUCUCCUCAGAGAGACGAUCUUAAACUGCUAUGUGAACAGAAUGAGGAGGAGGUCUCUCCUCAGCUUUUCACCUUCCAUGAGGCCGUGUCUCAGCUGGUGGAGAUGGAGGAGCAGGUUCUGGAGGACCACAGAGCUGUGUUUCAGGAGUCUAUACGCUGGCUGGAAGAUGAGAAGGUCCUUAUAGAGAUGACUGAGGAAGUGGAUUAUGACGUGGACUCGUACGCAACACAGCUGGAGCAAAUUUUGGAUCAAAAGAUUGAAAUCUUAACAGAGCUCAGAGAUAAAGUGAAGGCGUUCAGGUCUGCUCUUCAGGAGGAGGAGCAAGCCAGUAAGCAAAUCAACCCCAAACGGCCACGAGCCCUCUAACCCUCGGAGCUCACUGCUUACACAUCCGGCA